AAUAUUAAGGAAGUGGAUCGCAACAAUAGACGUCCAGGAUGACGGAUCCAGUUGGGAUGUCAGCGCCUUGGGAGUAGACUGAAUCUGGAAAUAAGAGGACAAUCAGGCUGCUUCUGCUGAGGGUUUAAUGUCUGGCGUGUUUUGUCAUUUCUCCAGCUGUCCUAAAAGAGGCUGUUCGUGUUUCCAGAGAGCUGUAGAUACUGAAAUAUUUAUAUUUAUACCGAGCGGACUGAGCAAGCUGUCAGCGUCUCCAUCCUCGGUCUCUGUCCGAUACAUCCAACUUCAUCAUAACGGAAUUACAUUUCAUUUCAUCCUGUUCUAAAGAUACAUUCCUGUUUUCCGCACGAUUUCGGAACAAAGUCCUCCAAACAUCCAAAUCAACCAAGAUGAACUGGGUUCCUGGUACUCAGUGUGUAGCCAAGUGUGACAACAGGAAAGCUAAACCUGGAGAGCUGCCCUACCACAAAGGGGACCUUCUCACCAUAGUUAAUACAAGCACGAGGAAGGGGUUUUACGCUGCCAGACACAACACCACAGCAGAGGAGGGGCUCAUAAACUCCAACAAUGUGCGUGAGAGAGAGGCGCUACGAGUCGACCCCAGCCUCAGCCUCAUGCCCUGGUUUCACGGGAAGAUCUCUGGUCCGGCUGCGGUGGGGAAGCUCCAGCCGGCUGAGGAUGGUCUGUUCCUGGUGCGAGAGAGUAUCCGCCAUCCGGGCGACUACGUCCUUUGUGUUAGCUUUUCAAGAGAGGUCUUCCAUUACCGAGUUAUUUACAAGGACAACAAGCUAACCAUUGACAACCAACAGUACUUCUACAACCUCAUUGAUAUGAUUGAAUUUUACUCAAAGAACAGAGACUCCAUCGUCACAACUCUGGUGAAGCCCAGGAAGAAACAAGGAACCAAGUCAGCUGAGCAGGAGUUGUCUAAAACUGGAUGGCUGCUGGACAUUACAAAGCUCGCUCUGGGAGAAAACAUUGGAGAAGGAGAAUUUGGUGCUGUGUAUCGGGGAGAGUACAUGGGCCAGAUGGUGGCAGUGAAGAUCAUAAAAUGUGACGUCACAGCUCAGGCCUUCAUGCAGGAAACGGCUGUUAUGACGAAGCUGCAACAUAAAAACCUUGUGCGGUUGCUGGGAGUCAUCCUUCACAAGGGGCUUCACAUUGUCACAGAGCUCAUGACCAAGGGAAACCUUGUGAAUUUUCUCAGGACAAGAGGGCGAUCAGUUGUAAACUCUGCUCAGCUGCUCCGCUUUGCUCUUGAUGUGUGUGAAGGGAUGGAGUACCUGGAGUCAAAGAAGCUUGUUCACAGAGAUCUGGCAGCGCGAAACAUUCUGGUCUCUGACGAAGGCGUGGCAAAGGUCAGCGACUUCGGCCUGGCAAAGGUGGACUCCAAAGAGUCAGACAAAGCCAAGCUGCCGAUCAAAUGGACCGCUCCUGAAGCUCUGAAGAAAGAGAAGUUCUCCACAAAGUCAGAUGUUUGGAGUUAUGGUGUUCUUCUGUGGGAGAUCUUCUCAUAUGGUCGCCAGCCCUACCCUAAGAUGUCUCUGAAGGAAGUGAAGGAGAAAGUGGAGGAAGGCUAUCGCAUGGAGGCUCCAGAGAACUGUCCUCCUAGCGUUUACUCUAUAAUGAAACUCUGCUGGGAGCAGGAGCCGCGGAAAAGACCCGGUUUUUCAAAACUGGGGGAGAAACUUGAACAAGAACUGGGUAAAAUGAGUUCCAGCUCUGUGGCGGAGUGUCAAGAAGCAAUCAAGACUGGAUCAAGGAGCUGAGUUUAGCCUGGACCCCUGAAGCACCAGCUCUUGUUUUGUUUGGACACAAGCUGCAGUGGACGUACAUGUAUGUUGGAAACAUAAGGGUCCUCUGUGGGAUCAAGACUCUCAAACAAAUUUAAUUUAUGGAUCGGUAAAAACUGUCAAACUAAUGAUGAGGAUAGGCCAACCUACAUGGUUCAGGCCAAUGCAUGAUCCGUUUAUUGUGCCAUGGAAUUGAUUGUGGUGGGUGAGUUGGACACUGUUUGGUCCAAACUGAGUCAUCUCAGGAAGUUCACAAUAGAUUCUCCAAAAACAAAGUUAAAAGGUUCUUCCUCCAUGAAUGAAAAGAGAUUUUGCUUUAGUUACUAAGCAGAUGUUAAAGUGCAAUUAGCAAAAAAGAAAAUGAAGCAGCACAAAAAGAUUGAGCAAGACACUAUGAAACAAAUAGUCCAGACACUUUAUGACAAUAACCACACAAGACAAACGCUGUUUAGUCCUUAUUUGAAAUAUAACUGGAUCUCUACUGCUUCACCUUCAGUAAAAGCCGAAUGUAUCCUACAUUCAAUGGCUGAUUAGGAUGCUGCAGGGUUUUGAUUUAAACUGGGCCUCUGACCUGGCCCAUAAACUCCCCAGACCCAGUUGGAUCAAACCUCUGCUCAAUAGUCUUGUUGCUGCUCAGAUUCCUCUUAGACAGAACAACGUCACCCAGCACUUCAGUGUUACAGUGUUUCUGUUUUGUCUGGAGCACUUUUAACUGUAAUGCUCAUGGUACUUUUUGUGCAUAAAUGGAAUCAAAUCA